AUGGCCUCAAUCGGUUUGCCUGUGCCGGCCGGCUUUACGUUGACCACAGAGGUUUGCAGUUACUUUGAGCAGCAUGGGACCUUCCCGGAGGCGCUCAAAGAGGAGGUUCUCAACGCUUUGGCCACAGUGGAACAGCGAACUGGCUUGAAGUUUGGCGACUCAACGAAUCCGCUCCUUGUGUCCGUACGUGCAGGGGCACCUCCAUCCAUGCCUGGGAUGAUGGACACCGUGCUGAACGUGGGCCUCAAUGGAAAAACCGUAGAGGCCAUGUCCGACAAGUACGGUGAUCCCCGUUUUGCCUUCGACACCUACCGGCGCUUCAUUCAGAUGUAUGCCGACGUGGUGCUGGGCUUGGACGUGGACUUUGAGAAGAUGUUGAAUCGAGCGAAGCAGUUGCGAGGAGUGAAGCAGGACACCGACCUGGAGGCAGAAGAUCUGGAGAAGUUGGUGAGGGACUACAAGGCCAGGAUCUUUGUGGAACUGGGCCAGGAAUUUCCCACGGACCCCCGUGAGCAACUGUGGGGUGCCAUCGAGGCCGUCUUUAAGUCUUGGUCCAAUCCUCGCGCCAAGACAUAUCGCGAGCUGCACGGCAUCCCCGACAAGUGGGGCACAGCUGUGAACGUGCAAGCCAUGGUGUUUGGCAACAUGGGCAACGACUGUGCCACAGGGGUGGCCUUCACCCGGGAUCCCUCCACCGGGGACAACCACUUCUAUGGAGAGUUCCUAGUCAACGCGCAGGGCGAGGACGUGGUGGCAGGCAUCCGUACCCCAAGGGAGCUCACCAUGAAGCAGCGGCUUGCACAUGGCAGUGAGCUUCCCUCGCUACAGGAGCUCAUGCCCAACAUGUUCCGUGAGCUCAUGGGGGUGCGGGAGCAGCUAGAAAGGCACUACAAGGACAUGCACGAAAUCGAGUUCACCAUCCAGAAGGGCAAGCUCUUCCUGCUGCAGACCCGCACGGGCAAGCGAACAACACAUGCGGCAAUCAAGAUUGCAGUCGACAUGGCAAACGAAGGUCUUGUCUCGAAGGAAGAAGCCAUCAUGCGCUUGAAGCCUCAACUGCUGGAGCACCUGCUGCACCCCACCAUCGACCCAGCCUUCGAGAAGAAGGUUCUCAUCCAGGCCAGGUCGUGCAAAGCCAUCAAACUGGAGCGAGAGCGAUUGUUUUCUCUUUAG